UCUGCUCACAGCAAGUAGCCGGGAGCACGCUGUUCACGGUUAUGUUUAACAUUCAUGCUGGUUUCAAUGAGAGUUUGUAAAGGUAACACAUUUAAUUCCCAGCAAUCAGACCAUCUAUGGGGUUAUGUGUUGUAAGAUGUAAAUGGUGAAGCAUCAGAGGAGUGGAAUGGGGCUGCUGGAUAAACUGUCAGGCUGGCUCGGCCUGAGGAAGAAAGAGGUCAACGUUCUAUGUUUGGGACUGGACAACAGCGGCAAAACGACCAUCAUCAACCAACUCAAACCAGCUAAUCAUUCGAAUCAUUUAGGCCCUUUGUCAGAAGACUGGAAACAUGUUAGUCAGGCACAGGCGCAAGAAAUAGUCCCAACAAUUGGCUUCAACAUUGAAAAGUUCAAGAGUUCAAGCCUGUCGUUCACAGUCUUUGAUAUGUCUGGGCAGAGCAGAUACAGAAACCUAUGGGAGCAUUACUACAAAGAAAGCCACGCCAUCAUCUUUGUCAUUGACAGCGGUGACAAACUGAGGAUGGUUGUUGCAAAAGAGGAGCUGGAUACACUUCUAAACCAUGACGAUAUCCGCAUCAAAAAGAUCCCUGUGUUGUUCUUCGCUAACAAGACGGAUCUGCGGGACGCAAUGUCUUCUGUGAAGGUCUCACAGAUGUUGAGUUUGGAGAACAUUAAAGACAAGCCCUGGCACAUCUGUGCCAGCAAUGCUAUCAAAGGAGAGGGUCUACAGGAAGGCUUGGACUGGCUACAAGAUCAUAUCAAAACAAUGAGCACAUGACUGACUGAAACGCCUGUGACCGUGCAGUGGGAUGUGGUACCUGGACCUCAUUCAGCGUUUGCAGAUUUCAUCACACUUGAUGUUGUAGGCCUUAAACUUCAAUGUCAAAUAGCAGUGUUUCCUGUGUGCUACACCUUUAAGACCAUAUUUACCUUGCAAAAAAAUAUGUGAUUAGUGUAACUGAUUGUUUAAAGCGCCCCGAUAGAUACAAAUAUACUGUACAUCAUUCUGUAUCCAUUAACAUUUAAAUAUUUUUUAUUUGAAGCUGCUUUUUUUAUCCCUUAAGAUGCUUUGUUUUAUUUAUUGAACUAUUUUUGAAAAUGCUGUCAUUGCUGAAUAUUGUACUAUCUACACAUUAAUAAAAGCUUGUUAUUUGAUGAGUGUA